AUGGCCACUCUCAAAGGGCCUGGUGCUCCUCAGAGACACGAUGGCUCCGGCCUUCGAAUUGCAAUUGUCCACGCGCGCUGGAACUCCACCAUCAUUGACGCCUUGGUCAAUGGAGCAAAGAAAACUAUGCUGGCAUCUGGGGUGAAGGAGGCGAACAUCGUCGUGGAAUCGGUGCCCGGUUCAUACGAGCUUCCUUUGGCGGUCCAGCGGGUUUAUGCUGCGUCCCAAAUACAAAGCACUGCCAGUGCCGUGGCUGGUGGAAUGGGCAGUCUGGCAAGUGGAAUUGGAGAUCUCCUCGGAGGAAGUAAUUCCACGACGGAUUUGCAAGGAAGUCUACAACCUGGUCCACCAGAACCUGAAAAGAAGGAGGAAAAAGGGUUGAGACAUGCCUUCGACGCAAUAAUAGCCAUUGGAGUGCUGAUCAAGGGAGAAACAAUGCAUUUCGAAUACAUUGCCGACGCUGUGAGCCACGGACUGAUGAGGGUACAGCUCGACAGUGGGGUGCCUGUGAUCUUUGGCCUUCUGACGGUCCUGAAUGAGAGUCAAGGGCUGGCAAGAGCAGGUCUCGAGGGAGGAACAGGCAAGGAAGCCAAAGGACAUAAUCACGGAGAGGAUUGGGGGAACGCAGCGGUCGAGCUCGGAGUGAAGCGGAAGGGUUGGGGCGAAGGCAAGAUUGCUGGACCUUGA